UCCUUCUCUUGCAAGUUAAAAGGCCAAAAGGUCGAGUCUUGGUUGAGAGGAGAAGACUUUCUCUCCACGCGUCUCUUUCCCAACCUUCACUCUCUCUGCGCCCCUGCCCCUAAUUUUAGAGAACCCAGCUCUUUUCUUCACCUUCUAAAAUUCCCAUUUGCGCUGGUUGGUUGAUUUGCUUUGCCUCGCAAAACUCGGUGCUAUAGGAUGGCUUUGAAUCUGUCUCGUGGCUCAGUUCUGCCUAAGUAUCCUUCCCCAGAGCAUAGUUUGUGUUCUUCUGUUAGGUGUUCUAAUGGGUAUGUGAGGGAUCAAUGUAAAGAGAAGAGUUUGGAUGGUGAUGCAUCGAGUUCAAAUGCGGAGUUGAAGAAGAAUACCCAUUACAAGGGUGAAUUGGGUGGCUAUUGUGAGCCUUCCGUUGAUGAUAUUCUUGAUAGGUUGCCUGUUGAUCCUUUUGGGAUGGAUAUGAGUUCUACUUUUACGGCGAUUAGUGGUUGGCUUGAGGAUUUUGAGAAGGGGUGUGAGUCUUAUGGGUUUGGGGUGGAUGAACAGAAGAGGAAGGUGGUGGAUGGUGGGUUGUUUGCUGGUCUGAAUUGGGUUUGGAACAGCGCUGUGAUAUUUCAGCCGGAACUGGGUGAGGUGAAGUUUGAUGGAAUAUCGAUUCCAUAUGAUAGCUUUGAUGGGUUUGGGAUCAAUGAUGGAGGUUUUGUAUUGGACGACAAUGUGGAGGAGUUUCUGGGUUUUGGCCAUGUGGUGAACUUGGAUGUUGGUUAUGGAGCUAAGGAACUGCCGGUUGGAACUAUGGAAAGGCCAGAAUGUAGCAUAAAGAAUUUUGAUAGUGAAGGCGGUGCUCCACAUGAUGCUAUGUUUUAUGCAUUGGGUUAUCUCGGCGUUCAGGAUCUUCUUUCAGUUCAACGGGUUUGCAGGUCUUUGAAUCAUGCAGUCAAAAGUGAUCCUCUUUUAUGGAGGAGCAUUAACAUUGAUUGGCCAUUGAAUGAGAGGAUCAAUGAUGAUGCUCUUGUAAAUUUAACUAGCAGGGCUCAGGGUAAUCUUCAAACCUUAAGUCUAGUGCAUUGUGCAUGGAUUACCGAUGUUGGGCUGCAUCGCGUGUUUGACAGCAAUCCAAGGCUGACAAAAUUAAGUAUUCCAGGAUGUAUAAAAAUAAGUGUUGAGAGCAUCUUGUUAAACCUAAGGACCUUGAAGUCUGCAGGCAAACCUGGAAUAAAGCAGUUAAGAAUUGGAGGUCUCUCUGGUAUAACAGACAAGCAGUUCGAAGAGUUAAAAUUCUUGCUGGGUGCAGAUAACCAUACCCAGGUUAAAUCCCCAAAACCACGGUAUUUUCAUGGUGGGCUAUCGUACCUCUCUUGUGAUGAUGAUUGCGCCAUUGACAUUGAAGCAUGCCCCAGGUGCCAGAGACUAAGUUUAGUUUAUGAUUGCCCAGCAGAGAGUUGCCAAGGGAAAUAUCAGAAGGCUCAGAUGUGCAGGGCUUGCAUACUCUGCAUAACUCGCUGUAUUAGCUGUGGGUGUUGCCUUGGAGACUGCGAUUAUGUGGAGACUCUGGCAUUAAAGAAACUUUUAGAGAAACUUUAGAGAAACUUUUAGCCAUAUUUUGAAUUGCACUUAAAGAGUCCUGAAUCUUCAACAUGUUCACUUACUAGGUCAUUGUCCAUU